AUGACUUAUGACGGACGCUACGACAGUGAGAACCUGGAGCACCGCGAGCUUCGGUUGGACAUUGAGCAAGGCGACGUCAUUGCCCAGUUGUUUACAAUCUCUGACGGCAAAAAGGCCAUGAAAACCGCGGAUUUCCAGCUUCAGGUCAGCCUCGACCUGGCCGAAGCCGUCGACAGGCCUCACCACCCUGGUACUGGCCGCUUGACUCGCCGUAUUGCGCCGCCGGGAACAAAAAAGACAGCUGAUGGCUUGGGCAAAGCCGCAGGCAGGCUAGUCCAAAAUGGCAAGGCGAAGCUAUCUACGCCCAUGUAUCUGAUGGUUAGCCGGAAGCCGGUUGCGAGCGAAAACGGCCAGACGCUCGACGUGAUUCAGGUGAUGCAGCCCGCUGGAGCACCGCUACAGUGGGGCAAAUAG